AUGACCUUAGGCUAUUCAGCGAAUAGAAAACCCACGCGUUUCAAUUCGUGGCGCGUUUUCUGGUUAUUACGCGAUAUGUUUUCCUUCGGUUUUUCAAACCAUCCUUGUGGUUCACCAUGCUUAUUCAUCAGAAUUGUGGUCAUUCUUAUAGUGUCCUUUUCUGUUGUUUUAUCGGAAGACUUGAAGUCGAAGAGAAAAAGUGGUGAUACUCGUGUUUCAAUAACUCCAGACAAAAAGGAAAUCAAAAACCAUAUAGAGCAAUUUGAUGAUCCGGAAACUGUCGAAAAAUUCCUACGUGAUCUUCUUAAUCCAGAUCUAUUGUUCCCUCAAAUUUCAAAAGAUAAGGAAGAUGUAAACGUUGAGUCAGAAUCACAAGAUGAUCCACUUGAUUCAAAUAUGAAGGAUGAAAACCAAGAAUCGACAGAUGAGUCUGGACAUGAUUCAACUGCGAACGAUUUUCCGGGCUCCCAAAGCAUCCCAUCGAUUAAUGAUGAAAACACAAUGAAAAGCAUUCAUUCGCCACCUGAUGAGCAUGAAGAUUCGGAACAAAGUGUUGCUCAGCGUUUGUAUGACGAAGCUAUGAGUAUUUUGGAGACAGAAAAUCACAAGACAUCUGCUGAUAAAACCGCACUAGAACUCUUGAACGAAGCUUCCAGACAGGGUCAUACAAAGGCAAGGGAACAAGUGGCUAUGCUGACAUUGCUUGGAGGUUACACUGCAGAUCCUUUUAAAAGCGCAUACUCUGCGUUCGAAGAGCUGUCUAAUGAAGGCAACCCUCGCGGUCAGUUUGGCCUGGGAUUUUUGUAUGCGUCUGGAUUACACGUAAAUGCAAGUAUUCCACAUGCAUUGAUAUAUUUAACAUUUUCGGCUCUUGGAGGAGAUAAUUUUGCUGAUAUGGCUUUGGGCUAUCGUUACUGGACUGGUGUUGGUGUUGAAGAAGAUUGUGAAGCAGCACUAACACAUUAUCGUCGUGUGGCUCAAGUCGUCUUUAAAGAAGUUUCCGAACGCUCUGAAUCUGGUGGUCCAACUCUUCUUGGACCUAUGGUUAGACGUGCUCGUCUUUUAGACGAAAUAGAUGCAAUGGGUAGUUUAGAUGGUGGUGAUCUUACAAUCAGUGAGGAUCUGUUCCAAUAUUAUCAGUUUAUGGCUUACAAAAAGAAUGUUAGUGCUAUGGUUGGAUUAGGUCAGUUGUAUUAUUAUGGUAGACAUGGUGUUGAAAUGAAUCAUGAAAAAGCUUUUUAUUACUUUAAUCUGGCUGCUGAGUCUGGAAGCGCCAUAGCCAUGGCUUAUUUAGGCGAGAUGUACAUGGUUGGUAGCACAGCUGUACCUGCCGAUUCGACGAAAGCCUUAAAAUAUUUACGUAAAUCAGCUGAGGAAAAUAAUCCAAUAGGGCAAACAGGUUUGGCGUUGGCCUACUUAUAUGGUCGAGCCGGUUUACCGGUUAAACCAGUUAUCGCAAUGGAGUUAUUUCUGAAAGCUGCAGAUCAAGGUUGGCCUGAAGCUCAAUUACAUCUUGGUCGUCUAUUCUUAGGUACUCAUGGGAUAAAAACUGAUUACAAAUCAGCUUUGAAGUAUUUCACUAUGGCGUCACAACAGGGUAAUGUAAUGGCUUUCUAUCAUCUAGCUGAGAUGCAUGCCAAAGGUACAGGAGUAUUACGAUCCUGUAGCACCGCAGCCGAACUUUUUAAAAAUGUAGCUGAACGUGGUCGUUGGUCGAAAAUGUUCAUGUCUGCUUAUUCUGCUUUUCGCAAUCGUCGUUAUCAUGAAGCAUUUGUUACAUACCAACUAUUAGCAGAACUCGGUUACGAAGUGGCUCAAAGUAAUGUAGCUUUCAUCCUAGAAGAAGAAAAAGCUACGGGAAUUCCAAAUGAUGAAAUUCACAAACGUGCGUUUACUCAAUGGCAACGAUCUGCGACACAAGGUUCCACAAGUUCUCGUGUGAAGUUAGGUGAUUACUAUUAUUAUGGACUUGGUACUGAUGUUAGUUACCAGAAAGCUAUUCAACAUUAUCGAAUCGCUUCAGAUCUACAUCAUAAUGCACAAGCAAUGUUUAAUUUAGGUUAUAUGCAUGAACAAGGAUUAGGGUUGAAACGAGAUCUUUACUUAGCCAAAAGGUUUUACGACAUGGCCGCUGAAGCAUCGAUCGACGCACGAGUAGCUGUAUACCUAGCUCUUAUACGUCUUUCAUUUUAUUUCGUUAUGGAAUUUUUCGGUGAAUCAAGUUUCUUUCAAUAUCUUGGAAGUAUGUUUGGUAGUAGAUCAUUUACAGAUGAACAUGAGGUAGAUAGUGUAACAGAUUCGACAGAAACACCAACAAUAUCAUCUCAUCCUUCUGGACAUUUAAUAUCAACUAUGGACUGGGAUUUUUAUGCAAUACCAUUUUUAACAGGCUUAUUAUUGUUGUUCUUUUUUUAUAUUAGACAUAGAAGGGUUUAA